CAGGCGUAGAAAAAGUUCCAUCAAAGAGCGGCCAUGUUGCCUGUUUGAGGUCGCGUCGAAAUUAACACGAAUUCACGUCGUUUUGUAGUUGGGUUCUUUCAGAAGCACCAGUUUUGGUUAAAAGUAGUGUUCCAAAUGUGUAUAGUGGUCUUAUUUGACUGUAGUGUGUGCAAAAUCGGUAUUAGAACAUCAAUUGUCGGCUCAGUUUGAUAUAGAUUGUUUCUGACGGAAGAUGGUCGCGGGCCGUCAGGAACCGUAGUCGACAGACCGGACUAGUCGAAGUUCAUAAUGGCCGAUGGUUGACUUUAGUUUGAUUAUUAUGUGCCUUGUGAUAAGCAUCGACUAUCGAACAUUCGGUACAUCGACUCUUUUUUGCCGUUUAUUAUGAUUUUAGUCGAAAUAACCAUGUUUUUGUACUUAUAUUGGAAUAAAUAGAUCUAGUGCAACUUGAUUGGUCAGUGCGAGUGUAGAACCAGAGCUUAGGUUUGUUAAUCGGGGAAACUGUUCUACCGAUAUGGCCGAUCAUCUUGUCGAUGGGCCUCCAAGCAAAAGGCAAAAGUUGGACCCUUUUCCCGGUCCGUCCGAUUCAUCCGCUUACAACAACUAUGGGUUGGGAUCCACAGACUCUACUCAAGGUGGUGGUGUGUUCAAUCCUAGGACCCAGUGGAAUUUUGGCCAAAAUCAAAAUGUUCUUGCUAACAUGCUGGAUUUGGAAAACGAUCUCCCUGAUGAGCUGAUAUCGUCCACCUCAUGGCUUCCUGAUCAUAUGAGCAAUCAGAAGCCACCGGCUCAAGGUCCUGGACCAGGUGGCAUGCAGAAUGGCAUCGAGAACGCGGAUGCCAGCAAUAUGCGGCAAAUCCAGCUCAGUCAUUUGUUGCAACAGUCAAUGAUUCGCUUUCAGAGUGCCAAAGGAUUGGUUAAUAGUGCCAUAUUGGCUAGUGGACAACUGGGAAACAAGAGUCCCAAUUUGCAAUCGCCUCCUAAUAUAUCGGUGGCAAAAGGUCUGCAAUCGGUUGCAAAUAAUGGAAGUAGUCCACAAGUGAUGAGUUCAAUCCAAGGUACUAAAUAUAUCCAAGGACUGAAUAACACAGCUGGCGGCAGCAUGAUUAUGACCAACAGCAACAUGAGUUCUAUUGGAGGAAUGGGUGGCGGAGGCUUGGUUGUCAGUAGCGGGGCUGCAAACAAGCCUCAACUACCUUCCGCACCCAACAUGAUAGGACAGCCUCAUCAUCCGGGAGGACAUAAUGUGUCACAGGGAUUACAGAAUGGACCUAUGUUAAAUCGGUUGACCCAUGUGCAAAGAACACCGCAUGGUCUUCACAUUAGUGGGCCUCGCAACCUUAACAUCAUCAUAAACCAGCAGGGUAUGCCUGGAAACACACCCUAUCCGUAUCCAAACUCAAACUUGAAUCAAGGCGGCCCUCCAGUCGGAGUGGUAACGCCUCAACAAAAGCUUUCAGUCACAGGUCCUAGAUUUGGAGCACCCCCGUCUGGCACCGUGGGUUCCAUGGGCGGACCAAUGGGAGGAGACGGCAGUAUUGUGCAAACGCAACCACCGGCACCGUCACCUGCCCAGCCACAAUCUGGAGCACCGAGUGUUUCACAACCGGGCCCUCAGCAAGCAACCCAAAAUCAGCCCGGUCAACCUGCUCCGCCACCCUCUACAGAUCCGGAGAAACGCAAACUGAUUCAACAACAGUUGGUUUUGUUAUUGCAUGCUCACAAAUGUCAGCGACGAGAAUCAGCACAAGCCAAUGGUGAUGCCUGGACGUGCACAUUGCCACACUGCAGAACGAUGAAAAACGUACUUAAUCACAUGACUACGUGUAACGCCGGAAGAAGUUGUUCGGUAGCGCACUGUAGUUCGAGCAGGCAAAUUAUAAGUCACUGGAAAAAUUGCAUUAGACAGGAUUGUCCAGUUUGUUUGCCAUUGAAGCAAGCCGACAAAAAUAGGAAUCAUGCUGCCACUGCUGCAAAUGCACAGCAAACUCCUACACAACCACCUGGUGUAAACACAUCUGAAGCGCAAUUAAGGCGGAAUUUUGAAAAUUCAGGAGCUUUGAUGGCAAAUUCUUCGGCAACCCGGCCACCUCUUCGGUUGCCAGUGAAUCCCAAUUCUGCCAUGGCCAAUAGAGGUCCGUCAGGAAUUCUUAGGUCUGGUCCGCCUGGGCCACAAGGGGGGGCGCCUAAUGUCAGUUUGGCUCCCAACGUUAGUUUACCUCUGAGCAGUGAUCCGUCAUCGAAUGUACUUGGACAGAGUCAAGGCUUAAAUCAGCAGACCAGCACGUUUCAGCAGAAUGUGAACAGUGUUAUGAUAGGUCUAGCAAGUGGGGCUGAAGCUGCGAAUCAAGGCAUACUUAGUCAAUUACCAGGCGGACUGCAGCCAUCACAAGUUACGGCUUCUCCUGUAACAGGGACCAAAGAGUGGCACCAGUCGGUUACAGCUGAUUUGCGCAACCACUUAGUGCAUAAGUUGGUGCAAGCAAUAUUUCCAACACCGGAUCCUCAGGCGCUACUCGAUCGACGCAUGCAUAAUCUAGUUGCAUAUGCACGAAAAGUUGAAGGCGACAUGUACGAAAUGGCCAAUUCUCGGUCUGAAUACUAUCACUUGUUGGCGGAAAAAAUCUAUAAGAUACAGAAAGAAUUGGAGGAGAAAAGGCAAAAGCGAAAAGAACAGCAAUUACAACUACAACAGCAGCAACAGCAGCAACAACCUCAGGGAGGACCCAUCAGACCCAAUCUGCAAGUAGUGCGACCGCUGGUUCAGCAGCAGCAACCUCAUCGGCCAGGGUCGCCUAAUUCAUUGCAGGCCGCUCUUGGAAAUCUGACUGGAAACCAGAUGGUUUUUAACGUUCAACAGAACCCUUCCCAAGCUGGACCAACACUACCUCAACAGCAGCAGCAGCAGCAACAGUCUCAACCCAACGUUGUGGGUUUGCCAGGACCCAGUCCAACCACUUCCAAUCCGGGUCUGUCUCCAUUUGGUAAUCCACUUUCGACCGGUAGUACGACGUCUACACCCAACCAGUUUACUUCUAAUGGACCAAUUAGUUUACCUCAAGUAUCUCCUGCUGGUACUCAGCAAAAUCAGUUUGACUUGUUAAAGAACAGCAGGGUGCCGCCAUCGCCGUCUAGUUUUGGCAAGCAACAAGCCUCCCAUGCUCAGACUCCUUCCCAAAGCAGUUCAAAGUCUAUUCAACAGAAUGGUACCGGAAGAAUGUUGGUAAAUGAGAACGUAACGACUCCCCAUCCAAUAUUGACAACUACACCAGGUCCGAAAUCAGUAAAUUCGUCUAGGGGCACUUCGCCUACCGCUCCAGCAACGCCAAUACAAGCAUCGCCUAAUACAUCAGCGGGCCAUGGGAAGGGCAUGACUAGUGCGGAGAGGGCGGCGCAGAAUUCCUCCAGACAGUCUUCUUUGUCCUCGCAAAUGGCAGCCUUAUUGGCUGCUUCGGAGAAUAACGACGACUCACCGCCAGCCUCCGAAGGCAACAAAGGCAAAUUAGAUCAAAUAAAGUCUGAACCGAUGGAAAUUAAGCAAGAAAUGGACGAUGGUUCGCAACACGACUCGCAAUACGAAUCCAGCUCUGGCGGAAAGAACAUGAGUAAUGACAUCAAAUCUGAAAUGAAAACGGACAUCAAGAUGGAAUCCAUGCAAGAAGAUGUUACUGUUAAAGAGGAUCCCAUAGAAGUGGGUGGGCAGACGUCUGAAACCGCUGCUGAUGUUAAACCUUUGGAUGGUGGUGCUGGUGCGUCUAGCUCAGAGGGUGGCAAGAGAACAAAAGUUUUUAAACCUGAUGAAUUGCGACAGAAACUCAUGCCAACUUUAGAAAAGCUAUACAGGCAGGAUCCGGAAAGUAUACCUUUUAGACAGCCAGUAGAUCCACAAACAUUGGGCAUUCCCGAUUACUUUGACAUCGUAAAGAGGCCUAUGGAUUUGUCGACCAUUAAGCGGAAACUGGAUAUUGGGCAAUACCAAGAUCCCUGGGAGUAUGUGGACGAUGUCUGGCUGAUGUUUGACAAUGCCUGGCUAUACAACAGAAAGACUAACCGUGUGUACAGAUACUGUACAAAGCUGUCGGAAGUGUUUGAGAUGGAAAUCGACCCUGUCAUGCAGUCAAUGGGUUAUUGUUGUGGACGGAAAUACACAUUCAAUCCGCAAGUACUGUGCUGCUACGGGAAGCAGUUGUGCACAAUUCCACGAGACGCAAAAUACUACAGUUACCAGAAUAAUCUGAAAGCUUAUGGCCUUGGUUCAGACAGGUACACAUUUUGUCAAAAGUGCUUCAAUGAUAUACAGGGCGAUACUGUGACGUUAGGAGACGAUCCCACACAGGCACAAACUGCAAUAAAGAAGGACCAAUUUAUGGAGAUGAAAAACGAUCAUCUAGAGAUGGAGGAAUUUGUGAAUUGCACAGACUGUGGACGAAAAUUGCAUCGGAUUUGCGUGCUUCAUCACGAAGCUAUAUGGUCGCAAGGCUUCACUUGUGAGGAGUGCUUCAAAGUAAAGAACCAAAACCGAAGAGAUAAUAAAUUCAACGCCAAACGGUUGCCAGUUACUAAUUUGGGCAUGUACAUUGAGAGCCGCGUAAACAUGUUCCUCAAGAAGAAGGAAGCUGGCGCUGGCGAAGUCCACAUUCGCGUGGUGUCCAGCAGUGAAAAAAUGGUAGAAGUGAAGCCCGGUAUGCGAAGCAAGUUCGUAGAAAGUGGGGAGUUGUCUUCGAAAUUUCCAUAUCGAGCGAAAGCCCUGUUUGCCUUUGAAGAAAUUGACGGGGUCGAUGUGUGUUUCUUUGGCAUGCACGUUCAAGAAUACGGAAGUGAAUGUCCAUCGCCGAAUACGCGUCGAGUUUAUAUUGCGUAUUUGGACUCGGUGCACUUUUUUAAGCCAAAACAGUUCAGGACUGCAGUGUACCACGAAAUUCUACUGGGCUAUUUAGAUUACGUGAAACAGUUGGGUUACACAAUGGCGCACAUUUGGGCUUGCCCGCCCAGCGAAGGUGAUGAUUACAUUUUUCACUGCCAUCCUCCAGAUCAAAAAAUUCCUAAACCUAAGAGAUUGCAAGACUGGUACAAAAAGAUGCUGGACAAAGGCAUCAUCGAGCGAAUUAUUCUUGACUAUAAGGACAUUCUUAAGCAAGCCAUGGAGGACAACUUGAGAUCGGCAGCUGACCUUCCUUAUUUCGAGGGAGACUUCUGGCCCAACGUUCUCGAAGAAAGUAUCAAGGAGCUUGACCAGGAGGAAGAGGAAAAGCGAAAACAAGCCGAAGCCGCCGAAGCAGCAAUAUUCUCGUCUAUGGAGGAAAGUGAAGUUGGACCCGACGGUAAAAAGAAAGGCCAAAAGAAGGCAAAGAAAAGCACGAAAUCCAAAGCAAACCAAAGAAAAAGCAAUAAUAAAAAAUCAAAUACUCCGCAAACAGGCAAUGAUCUGUCUGCAAAAAUAUUCUCCACUAUGGAAAAGCAUAAAGAUGUAUUCUUUGUUAUUAGACUGCAUUCUGUUCAAUCGGCAGCUAGUUUGAAGCCUAUUCAAGAUCCCGAUUCAUUUAUCAGUUGCGAUUUGAUGGAUGGUCGUGAUGCUUUUCUGACUCUUGCUCGGGAAAAGCAUUAUGAAUUUUCUUCGCUAAGACGCGCAAAAUACAGCACCAUGUCUAUGCUCUAUGAACUACAUAAUCAAGGCCAAGAUAAAUUCGUAUAUACUUGCAACGAGUGUAAGGCGCACGUAGAGACUAGGUACCAUUGUACGUUGUGCGAGGACUUUGAUCUGUGUAUCAAGUGUUACGAAAAGGUCGGGCAUCAACAUCGCAUGGAGAAGUUAGGCCUGUUGGAUGAUGCCAGCUCUCCAAGUGAUAACAAUAAGACUAAUCCUCAGGAAGCUAGGAAAUUGUCUAUUCAGAGAUGCAUACAGUCCUUGGUUCACGCUUGCCAAUGCAGGGAUGCCAACUGUCGCUUGCCGAGUUGCAAGAAGAUGAGCCGUGUCGUAAACCAUACAAAAGCAUGCAAAAGAAAGACGAAUGGAGGUUGCCCUAUCUGCAAACAACUUAUUGCUUUAUGUUGCUAUCAUGCAAAGAGCUGUCCUGAGAAUAAGUGCCCGGUGCCAUUCUGUCCAAACAUUAAACACAGGCUUAAACAGCAACAAUUACAACAAAGGUUGCAACAGGCGCAAUUGCUGCGCCGUAGGAUGGCUGUAAUGACGAGAACUGCAUCUUCGUCCAAUGUGAUGCAGGGUACUAAUUCAAGCAAUCUUCAAGUUGGAGCAGUUGGGCAACAAGUUGUGCCAGGUGCUGUGAGUCCUGUUGGAGGAAUCAGUUCAGGAUUGCCUAAUUCCACCAUGGGGAUGCCGUCUUCGCAUCAAUCAGGUAUCGGCCUAAAGCCAGGUACCCAACCACCUCCUGCUAACGUGCUGCAAGUCGUCAAACAGGUUCAGGAAGAGGCUGCUAGACAACAGGCACCACAUGUAGGAUACGGAAAGGGUGUUCCGGGACAAGGAUCUGGACAAAAUAUGCCUCCUCCUUCAAUCAGAGGAAUGCCAACUCAUCUUGGUGGUAAUCAAGGUGGAAAUCUUUUACCAAUGGAUCAGUGGCAGCAACGAUAUCCAGGCGCAAUAGGACCUGGCAUCCGACAGCCCGGCGGUCAACCGAUGAAUCCUGGUGCGGCACCGAUGGCUGCUACAGGCCAAGUCGGUACUGGGCAAGCGAUUAAUCAACUCCGGCCGGGCGUUCAGAUGGCUGGAAACGUGGCAGGGGGACCAAUGGGCAACGCUGCUGGGGGCAUGAAUCAGAAAUUAGCGCUGCAGCAACUGAUGCAGACGCUAAAGUCUCCUCAAAGCCCAGAACAACAGCAGCAGAUUUUGUCAAUUCUUAAGGCCAAUCCUCAGUUGAUGGCUGCUUUUAUUAAGCAGCGCCAGCAUGUUCAACAGACGCAACAAUUGCAAGCCAGCGGAGGUAAUCCUCCUCAACAACUGCAACACAUUCUGACGCAACAAAACGCUGCUGCUCAACAACAACAGCAUCCCGCUCGUAUGGCAAUUCAAGGAGGUUUGUUAAAUCCUGGGCAACCUGGAAUCAACCAAGUGCCAGGAGGUCCUAAUCAGCCUUUGACUCAGCAGCAGCAAUGGUACAAGCAUCAGCAGAUUUUGGCAUUGCAAAGGCAGCAGCAACAACAGCAAGCCGCGGCCCAACAGCAACAACAGCAGCAGCAGCAGCAACAACAACAACAACAACAACAACAACAGCAGCAGCAGCAGCAGCAACAACAACAACAAGCGAACUUUCAGCAGCCCGGGGCCUACCAGCAAAGGUUGCCUGGUAUUCGACAACCACACAUGGGCUAUAACAAUGCCUUCAAUGAGCAGCAGUACCCUCCGAUGCAGGGUUUGAAGCCGACUCCUCCACCAGUUCCGUCACCGCAAGGGAUGAUGGGCCCUCCUCAGGGUCAGGGAAUCUCCUCGGUCCAACAGCAACUGAUGCAAACCGUCCGGAGUCCUCCACCUAUAAGAAGUCCGCAGCCGAGUCCUUCGUCGAGACCGUCACCGUCUCCGCGCAACCAGACAGUUGCAAGUCCGCGAGGUCCUCAGCCCUCGCCCCAUGAUCUCGCUUCAACAGAAUUGCUGUUGGGGCAAAACCAUUCAGCUCUGCAUCCGCAUCAGAGUCCAGCGGGCGCUUCAAACCAAGACGAUAUGCCAGCGAUGACUCCUCAGGAUCAGCUGAGCAAGUUCGUUGAACAGCUCUAGUGGUGUCGAACCCUUUUAGCCUCCUCGUGUAGAAAGGUUGCUGACGAAUGACGGUUUGGAAACCGUCAGGAAUAAAAAGAUAAAAUUAAAAAGGCGCGUGCAAAGCGGCCUCAAAAUACCCGGGCUGUUCCCCAACGACGGGACCGAAGUGGGAACAAAGGAUCUAGAAAAAUGUAAGAACAAUGCUUCGAAUUGUUGAUAUUGGGUCGGCACUUGAUUGAGUGGUUCGUAAGUUCCGAUGCAUCGAUUGUUACGUUCGGCAGCUCGCUGUUAAGCAGUGAGCUUUUUUCGGGACAUUGUUGGCGAGGUCAUGAAAGCCUCAUGAGUUGUUCUUUCAUUUUUUCUUUCGUUCUCAGAGUUGAAACUCGGGAGACAUAAAGUCAAGUGAUAUGCUUUGAGCAGCUAUUGUAUAUACCUAUAAGUAAAUUACUUACGUGUAUAUAAAAGUUUACAUUUUGUAUAUAUGUUAUAUAAGAAUUGUAUCAUACUGUGAAUAUUUUAGUGAAUAUUAACUUAAGUGAUUGAGGAAAUACCGUAAAGUAUUUUGGGCUUUGCGAGGCUGUGUUUUAUUAUGGAUUGUUCCCCCCCCGCCUAUCUGAGGCACCGCUACGCAACUUUUUUUGGUUUGGUCGUUUUUUACGAUUGUGAAACUUUUAGCAUCGCCUGUAUAGAAUCAUAGAUUUAUAAGUGCCAGACUCGUGCUGGUUGCUAAUGUGAUGGCGGUCGUUAUCCUUGUGCGGGAUAUCCCCCUGUUUGUUUUUAUAUAUUAUAUUUAUAAUUUAUAUAUCGUCUGUUUUUCAUGUGUUACAUUCCACAACCUUGUGGGGUGUGUGUGUGUUUGCGCGUGCUGGCUCCUGACAAUCUUACCCAUGCCAGUGCAAUAAAGAUUAAAGCAAGAGAAAAACUUAUUCAACACUCCCUCCUAAUUUAUUACUUGAACAUAUAGAUUAGCAUAAAUUUAGUGUUAAGUAUUAUAUAAAAUGAAUAAAAAAUAUUUGAAAA